CAGACGUGCAUCUAAGAACACAAAUGUGACCUUUAUUUUUUGAUUUAUUAGCUAUUGGAUAAAUUCUCUUUUAUCUGUCUUCAUACAGAAAAUCUUUUUACUAAAAGUAAGUGACGGAUGGGCAGACAGGUAUGAUGUGACCGACGGCUAUGUCAAAGAAGCGGCCGGGGGUAUUACCAUUAAGCUCCAGUCAGCUGAUGUGAAAUGGUUUGAUGAUUACUACCUGAAACUCCGUCCUGAAAACAACCACAGGAACCCUUGGUUUCCAGAGUUCUGGCAACAUCGUUUUCACUGUCGACUGAAAGGCCACCCCCAGGAGAGCAACAAGUACAACCACACUUGUAGCACAGAACGGGAGUCCCUUCGGAAGCAGUAUGCACAGGACACCAAGAUGGGCUUUGUCAUAAAUGCCAUCUAUUCAAUGGCAUAUGGCCUGCAUAACAUGCAACGGUCACUCUGCCCAGGUUAUCAGGGCCUUUGUGAUGCCAUGCGACCUAUAGAUGGUGCUACGCUGCUGGAUUUCCUAAUGAAAACCAACUUCACUGGUGUGUCAGGGGAGGGAAUCUUAUUUGAUGAAAAUGGAGACUCACCUGGCAGGUAUGAAAUAAUGAACUUCAAAAAGAUGGGAAAGGACUACUACGACUACAUUAAUGUUGGUAGUUGGGAUAACAGUGGAUUGAAGAUAGACGAUGAUGAAAUCUGGUCCAGCAAAGAUGCCAUCAUCAAAUCUGUCUGCAGUGAACCCUGUGACAAAGGACAGAUUAAGGUAAUUCGUAAAGGUGAGGUGAGCUGCUGCUGGACAUGUACUCCCUGUAAAGAAAAUGAAUAUGUGUUUGACGAAUACACCUGUCGAGCCUGUGAACUGGGCUCCUGGCCUAAUGAUGGCCUUACGGGCUGCAACCUAAUACCAGUGGAGUACCUGCGUUGGGGUGACCCUGAACCCAUUGCAGCUGUCGUCUUUGCCUGCCUCGGUCUGAUGGCCACCUUCUUUGUCACUGCAGUUUUCAUCCGGUUCCGGGACACCCCAGUUGUGAAAUCCUCUAGUAGAGAGCUGUGCUACAUUAUACUGGCAGGUAUCUGCCUGGGUUACCUGUGUACCUUUAGUCUAAUAGCAAAACCUCAUGUCAUCCAUUGUUAUCUCCAACGACUGGGAAUAGGCCUGUCACCUGCCAUGAGCUACUCUGCGCUUGUCACCAAGACAAACCGCAUUGCUCGGAUCCUGGCAGGAAGCAAGAAGAAGAUCUGUACAAAGAAACCUCGCUUCAUGUCAGCCUGUGCUCAGCUUAUCAUUGCCUUCCUACUCAUAUUGCUACAGCUGGGUAUCAUUGUGGCUCUUUUCCUCAUGGAGCCACCUGAGGUGAUCCAUGACUACCCCAGCAUCCGGCAGGUCAAUCUCAUUUGCAACACCACUAACCUUGGUGUGGUUACUCCCCUGGGAUACAACGGCCUGCUCAUCCUCAGCUGCACCUUUUAUGCCUUUAAGACCCGCAAUGUCCCAGCCAAUUUCAAUGAGGCUAAGUACAUUGCUUUUACCAUGUACACCACUUGUAUCAUCUGGCUGGCAUUUGUACCCAUCUACUUCGGCUCCAACUAUAAAAUUAUCACCAUGUGCUUCAGUGUCAGCCUCAGUGCCACCGUGGCUCUGUGCUGCAUGUUUGUACCCAAGGUGUACAUCAUUCUGGCCAAACCAGAGCGUAAUGUGCGCAGUGCCUUUACCACUAGCACAGUGGUGCGCAUGCAUGUGGGAGAUGGCAAAUCAUCCUCUGCUGCCAGCCGUUCUUCUAGUCUGGUUAACCUGUGGAAACGCAGAGGCUCUACUGGAGAAACACUCAGCUCCAAUGGUAAAUCAGUAUCUUGGGCACAGACGGAGCGCAGCAGUUCACGUGGCAACCACCUGUGGCAGCGGCUGUCCUUCCACAUCAAGAAGAAGGAGAACAAUCAAACUGCUGUUAUUAAGCCCUUCUCUAAAACCUCUGAGGAACGGUACUGCAGCGGGGCUGACCUGCCGCCACAUGUACCUCUGGCUUCCCUCCCCUCCAUGUCCUCCUUGCCCACUCAUCCAGACAGCAGCACUGACAAGACCCUGUACGAGCUCUCGGAAGCGGAGGAGCACUACUGUGUUACAUACCGGCCGCAGACGCCUUCACCAAUCAGCACUGUCAGCCAGAGAAUAGGAACGAGUUUAGUGGAGGAGCCCCAGAUGGCUUGUAUUCCAAAGUACUCCAGUAGUGUUUGCAGCGGCGGCAGUGGCAGCAGUUGUGGACCUCCGAGCAGUGGCUCCAUAGCAACCGGGAGCGAUGGCCGUUUGGUUGAUGUGAAUGACCUUCCCCAAGAGGCACAGAGUUCACUGAUGGAUCAGAUCAGUUGCGUGGUAAACCGCUUCACUGCCAACAUCUCCGAGCUCAACAGUAUGAUGCUCUCCUCCUCUCCAACACACUCAAUCACACACAAGCACACACCUCCUUCUCCUCAUCCCACUGACCCCUAUUUGCUACCCCGUGAGCUUCAGAUGCCUCCGACCCUCACCACAUAUGCUGAAGUUCAACCGCUCCCCCCUGUUGAGUCCAGUUUGGUCAACCGGGGUGGCUGUCUUGUUCACCCUGUCCCCCAUUCUCCUUACCCCCUUCCUCCUCACCACCACACCUCCCCCUCGCUCUCGCCGUUGAGAGGUGGUCUGGUUGCCUGCCUCCCAGACUCCCCGCUGAGGAGGGUGGAGAUGGAAGAGGAACUAAUCGCUUUGACUCCUCCAUCACCCUUCCGUGACUCUCUGACAUCCAGCAGCGGCUCCCAGAUCUCAGAGAUGGGUUUGUGUGUCCCCCCUGUCCCUUCCCAUCCUCCCCCAUCUCCCCCUUCCCCCAGGUACACUAGACUGACACUCAGAAACUACAGUCAGAGUUCAUCCUCACUGUGAGGCAGAAAUUUAAUGAGUAAGCGGAGAAGAAAAAGAGAUUGGAUGCAGUGAAAUCUAUUCAUCCAUGCUUGGAAUAAAACCUGAGGAAAAGUAGAUUUAGAGAGCUGGUUGGUGAAGACACCAAACUGUGUUUGUGUUUACAUGUUUGCAGUGAGACGCAAGUAUAAGCAGUUGCCAGUGCUGUCUUUCACAUGUGGGGACUGAAGAUGGCCACUGUAACUCUGAGGCCAUUUGGCAUCAAUACUGGCAGAAAUCAAGUCGAAACAGUAUAAUUUAGAUUGGGGUAGUGGCCUUAAGGUGACUCGACUAUCAACUAAUUAGAGAUAGUGUGCGUGCAUUAGUGAGCUCGAGUGUAUUUCAGCUGUAUUUUUCAUGAAAGAGAGGUGAUGAGUGGAAAAUAUGACAGCGGAAGACUCGUACAAGAUCUGUGUAAGAUCUGCACAGAAGCUAUCAAGUGUGAGCACACCCAUACAAAUACAAUGUGAGGGAAAACUGUAAAUAUAAGAAAGGUAAUGGAUUUUUCUUGGUGAUAAAAUCCAAUAUGCUUCUGAUAAAAGUGCUUUGUGUGAGGAGUGUUGACAUACUUGGGCAGUAUGUUACUCUGAAAAACUUUAUAACAAGUUAUCUUUUCAUUUGCUCAUCUUCAGUCUGCUCCCAUGACAUGGCUUUCUGUCCUCAACCCUUCUUUCUCAUGCAGCUUUCUUUUAUCUUGCAUUUUUUUAGUAUUUUCUACUCUUCCAGCAAGUUUCUUCAGAAAUUUGAAUGUAUAUUUUCUACAUGAUUCCUGAAGUAGUUGGGACCAAAACUUUUGUAGCUUUCAGUCUGUAACUUGACAAAAAGGGAGAAGAAGGGUUGACAAGACCUGACCUUGUUUUAUCGUAAACAUCUUCGUUUUGAAAUCUCACUCAGGUGGCUUAUUGGAAGAAAUCUGACCUCAAAGCUUAUUGUUAGAGUGUGACAUUUAACAAUGCAUUUUGUCAGGCUUAGCUGGAUCCCAGUCAUGACAUUUUCUUGAUAUAAUAUGUCAGCAGGAUACAAUAGCUCUGUUACAUCAAAGAGUUCUUCGAAUGGGAUUAAUUAGAGUCAGCCUCUCCUCCAGCCUCUGUGAAGGUCAUCUGUUGGACAGGUGUGUUGAGUUUUUAAAUUUUUCCUCUAUUUUCAAAGAAAGUCAAAGAAAUUCAGAUUGAACUUUGGGCAAUCUUUUCAUAUAGAGUUUAGUGUAUAUAGUGAUUAAAAUGAAGCCACAUGACUCUUAGUUUCCUAACACCAGGCUGUAAAGCAGCUAGAGAUGACUGACAUCCAGUACAGCCAAUCAAAAUGAAGCAGAACCUUGUAAAAAACCAACAUGGAAAUCCCCCAGACCUUAUGUUGUACUGUUUUUAGUUAAUACUUCCCGUUUUGGAAAAUUUGCUGUCUUACUCAUAGUUAGACCAAGAACAAAGAUUUAUUUAGUUAUUUUUUCCCUAAACUAACUGCCUGCUGGGAGAAUUGUUAUAUUGACUGGAGAAGCAAAAGGCUGAUAUUAAUAUUCUGACCUUGCUCUCAGCAGGAAAGGGAAUCAAUCAUUUUCAGAUUGUAAGUCCAUUGCUUUAAGGUCAGAUUUGGCCUUGUCAUACUUCUGCAGAUUGGCAGACAACAUGAGUGAGCGUUCCUGUGGAGAUCAUUAGUUUCUUUAAAAGGUGUAUGGAAAUAGUAAAUAAUUGUUUAGUUUACAGGAAAUAGUUAACAAAUUUACUCUUGAAAUACAGCAAUCUGUCUUUAAAUUAUCCCAAAAACCUGAAAUAACACAUUUGGCUAAUUAAUGUAGUGUAGUUUUAAAUUGAAUGUAUUUCCAUGUGCCAACACUUGAGUUAUCUGAGACGUAUGGGGUAAAAAAAAAAAAAAUAAAAUAAAGUGCCAAGAAUGCCAUUUUAGAGAUGCCUCUGAGAGAGGAGGUCUUGACUUUGUGUCAGCUCCCUCCCCAGAGGAAAGCACACAAAACAAAGAGUUAGGUUGUGAUACACAACACAUGGAUUUUUUACAUUUGAUUUGUUUUCUGAUACAUUUACAUCAUUGCAUAAAAACAAACUGGACAGCAUGUAUCACAGCAGAAAUCAGCGCUUCAACAUGUUGCUUGUGGAUUGUAGUCCAUCACAAUGUCCAUAUUUUCCACAGCAUGUGCAUCCGGCAGCUGACCGAUGCAGAUGCAGUCCAUGGUCGGAUUUUUGUUUAACAUUGCGCUCUACUGUAGCCAGCAACAACAAACUCAGACAAAGCGAUCCUGUAAAUAAUAAGGGCAUGCAAAGACCGUUCUGUUUUGUUUCAGAUGAAAGUAAAUUUAUUUACAUAUCAAGAAAGCUGAAAAAAAGAAAAAAGUUUUUGAGCUAUAACAUACAGUACUAAUAUGUGUUACGACUAGAGAAACUGUGUUACUACGCUGAAUGUGUGAGUGACCAUUCCUAUUCAGAUGUCUUGUAAAUCAACAAUAUAAUAAUAAUUGAUAUUAUGAUUAUUGUGCCAAAGGGUUAAGGAGGGUUUAGUUUACUAGGCUGUGGGUAAUAUGUGAUUUCAUAAAAAAGAAAAAAAUGUCAAUGUAAACUGUUUCUAUUGUUUUGGAUAUUUUCUAUAUAGAUAUUCCAUAUUUUUUAAGUGUUAAAGCAAUA